AUGGUUCACAUUCCUUCCUCACAGGAAGUAGCAACGGAAAAGGGUUUUUCCGGUGACAAAGAGACGAUCAAGGAGUACGGGGUUGUGUUAUCUAGCGUUCAGAAGACGUUAGCGGUGGAGAAGGACGGCGGUAGGUGGGAAGAGCUGUUUCCUGAUAUUCUGGCAUCGAUUUUCUUAAGGAUACCACAGAAAGACAUGCUGAGAUGUAUUCCGCUCGUGUGUAAGUCAUGGAUGAAGGUUUCGAUGGGGCCAUACUGUUGGCAGGAUAUCAGUUUGCAGACAUGGUGUCUGCAACACAAACUCAGUCGAGGUGCAAUUGACUCGAUGGUGAAGAAGCUCAUUCGACAAAGUGAGUGGAAUGUUCGACGAUUUUCUGCUUUCCAGAUGGGAGAAUCCGGAUUCUCAUCUGUCGUUAAGUGUGGAAGAUCUUUGGAAACGCUGGAUAUUCAGUUUUGUCGUUUAAGCGAUGAUAUGGUGUUGAAGCAUUUAAAGCCACUUCCAAAUCUUAGAGUCUUGGAUAUUAGCUAUUGCCGAAAGUUCACAGCCAAAAGUCUUGUAGCGUUUGGUAAUCAAUGCACGUCUUUGAUUCACUUGAAGAGAGACAAUUACCCAACGAAAGAGUUCCCAGCUAUGGAUGAUUCCGAAGCCAAAGCCAUUGCGGACAACAUGCCGAAACUACAACAUCUGAAACUUUGGUUUGGGCGAUUUGGUGAUUCGGGUCUUUGUGAAAUCGUUAGUAAAUGUAAGUAUCUUAAGCAUCUUGACAUUCGUGCAUGUUGGAAUGUGAAAUUGGAGGGUGAUCUUAAGAAGAUGUGUCAAAAGCUUGAGUGUUUCCGGAUCCACGAUUGCAAGUUUAUUGAGAGUGAUCUAUAUGACAUGAUUUUCCCCAAUGGGCUCGGAUACAAGGAUCCUUUCACACGAUUAGAAGCUCGCAGUAACCGAAUUUAUUGA